CCUCUAGCUACUCUAUGUGACCCAGCUUAGCAAAGUAUUAAGAAAUACCCAGGCCUACGCCUAUUGUAUGCUCUGUGCACUAACAGCAUUAUAUUUCUGUCUUUCUCUCUUUCUUUCUGCUUCUUCUUAAGCAACAAAAUAAAAGAAAUCUGGGUCUUGAGCGUUCACCACUGUAUGAAGACCUCAGAUGUAGUUAUUUUCCAUGUAUGGGGGACAGAAAUGAAGCGACUAAGCCGCUAAUCUGAAGUCUGUGUUGUCGCAGCAAUAACUAAUAAGUCAGUACCUAGGUAGUGAGCCGAGCCGGUCCGCGUGUGGAACUUGGUCUCCGGGCUCGGAGCGGCAGUGGAUGCAUGGGUCAUUGAUGCUGGACCGACCCGCGGGGCGCCGAGCGGGCCCGGCACAGCGGGCACUGCAAAAGCUUCCAGACUCGGCUUCACCAAACACGAGCCGUGGCUGCUGUGAGUCAACUGCCAUAUCAACCCGACCAAUUAAUUGUUGAGUCACAUCCAGCUGCAUAAAUAUCAGCAACCGGCUGGAGCCUGCGGAGACCAUCCGUCACGCCAGCCCGACUGUCACAAAAACAGGUCUCGACAAUGUCUCCUUUCAACCUCGAGACAUGCGCCCGGCCAAACAUCAUCAAGCUGCAGCCGUACCGCUGCGCGAGAGAUGACUACAAGGAUGACGGGCACAACGUCCUGCUCGACGCCAAUGAGAACGCCUACGGCCCGCCCUUGUCGCAGCAGGCGGCGGCGGCGCUGCAGGAGGGCAACUCGGCCAGGCUGGACCUCCUGGGCCUGCACCGCUACCCGGACCCGCACCAGCACGCCCUCAAGCAGCAGCUGUGCGACCUGCGCACCACCGGCGCCCACUCGGACAAGCCCCUGACCCCGGACAACCUCUUUGUCGGCGUCGGCUCCGACGAGGCCAUCGACGCCCUGCUGCGCUGCUUCUGCGUGCCCGCCCGCGACCGCGUCCUGGUCUGCCCCCCAACCUACGGCAUGUACGCCGUCUCCGCCGACGUCAACGACGUCGGCCUGCACCGCGUGCCCCUGCUGCCCGCCCCGGCCUUCCAGCUGGACCUCCCCGCCGUCCUGGCCGCCCUCGACGACGCCGCCACCAACCACGUCAAGCUCGUCUACCUGUGCUCCCCGGGCAACCCCACCGGCUCCCUGCUGGCCAAGGACGACGUCCGCCGCGUCCUCGAGCACCCCACCUGGAACGGCAUCGUCGUGCUGGACGAGGCCUACGUCGACUUCGCCCGCGCCAACACCGACACCGCCGACGCCUCCCUGGCCGAGUGGGUCAACGAGUGGCCCAACCUCGUCGUCAUGCAGACCCUGUCCAAGGCCUUUGGCAUGGCCGGCAUCAGGCUCGGCGCCGCCUUCUGCGCGCCCCCCGUCGCCCGCAUCCUCAACAGCCUCAAGGCCCCCUACAACAUCUCCUCGCCCACCAGCGCCCUGGCCUCGUACGCCCUGUCCCCCGACGGCCUCGCCGCCAUGCGCGACAACAGGGCGAGGCUCGUCGCCCAGAGGGACCGCAUGGUCGCCGAGCUGGCCCGCGUCCCCGGCGUCGGGAGGCUGCGCGGCGGCACCGAGAGCAACUUCCUGCUGUACGAGAUGCUCAACGCAGAUGGCGAGCCGGACAACAAGACGGCCCUGGCUGUCUACGAGGGCCUGGCCGAGACCAAGGGCGUCGUGGUGAGGUUCAGGGGCAAGGAGCACGGCUGCCUUGGGUGCCUCAGGAUCACCGUCGGCACAGAGGCCGAGGUCACGCGGUUCCUCGAGUCCAUCAGGAGAACGCUGGCUGAGGUCAGGGGGACGGCCACACCCAGCGACGAGGAGGCCAGGGAGAAGGAGGCGAGCGGUGUUGUUGCAUAGACGAUCAGCUGUCCUUGAUUGCUCGAAAAGCGGAUUAGACAAAAUAGAGCUUCCAGCCAGAGUCACGGGCUCUGGUAUUUUACAUACACUAUUGCCACAACACGGCCACAUUUCCAGAAAGAAAAUUAAGCAAUGUCACAAUAUAGCCCCUGUGGCCUGGCUUGGCCCUGUCAUAUUGCCUAAUAGGAGUGUCACAGGUUACCCUACGAGCGUCUAGGAGGUCGGCGCGUCCCAUAGAAGGGUGUCCCAGAGAACACCCUCCUGUGAAAUAAUGUCUACGGAGGAGCUACCGGAAGUACUCUAGCCAUAUGAACUCCACUAAGACAUAUCAUU